AAGCAUUUAUGAACCUUUGGAGGGGGCUGUAAAUAUAAAUACCUUCCCAAGGAAAGCUUUAUUAUAUUACGAAUAGCAUACAUAUAAAUUUUGGUCAAAACAUUUAAAUAACAAUGGAUGACUUAAAAUACCCAUUUCAGUACAUUUUCAACAGUUAAACAAACAAAAUGAAAAAAUACUUAUUACCAAUAUUUUUUGUAAUCAUCUGUGGACUUAUUAAAAGAUGUUCAAUGAUUCCUAUUGACUCCGAUGAGUCUUUAGAUGAAGUUUGGUCAAUUCCACAAUAUGACGGAACUAUACGCCAGAUGACGGAACAACAAGCUUUUAGGCAAGCUAUGCUAACAGAACCCGAACACUUAGGUUCGACAAACUCGGAUAAGGUUCGUUUCUAUUUAUAUACCCAAGCAAAUCCAACCGAACCACUUGAAUUGGAUAUGGAUAAUUUGGAAACCUUGUAUCGAUCAACAUUUAAUUUUGAAAAUCCUGCCAGACUUGCAAUGGACCUAAAAACCGGUACACUUUUAGUACCACCAACAGUAAAAAACUCCAGUUGUUCACAUCCACGUUAUACGGGACAUAGCUUUAUCAUCCAUAUUGGAAUAGCUGAAACAAUUGAAGCUUUACUCAUUUUGAUAUUAACAUUAGGUGUAAUAGGUGCGAAUGCGUUAGUUAUAUUUGUCAUCAACAAUCGUAGAUAUUCACCGUAUAUUCAUAUGCAGCCACGUUACCUGCUAACAUCGCUGGCAUUAAACGACCUCACAAUUGGCCUGCUAAUCACUCCAUUUGGAUUGUUGCCAGCAUUGUUUCACUGUUGGCCGUAUGGUGAGAUUUUUUGCCAAAUUCAGGCAUUACUCCGUGGCGCCCUCUCGCAGCAGAGUGCUGUAAUACUCGUUUGCAUGGCUGUCGAUAGGUACAUGUGUGCGUUACAUCCUAGACGAUAUUUUCAACAUUCGAGUAAAAAGGGCUGUGUGGCCAUUGUUAGCCUUACAUGGAUCAUUAGUUUAACGGUUUUUGGUUUCCUGGUCCUGCCAAAAGGGUACUACUUCAACAAUACCGGACUAAUGGCAUGCGAGCCAUUUUAUAGCAAGCCAUCAUAUCGAAUUUUAGCAACUUGUGCACUUUACUUCCCCACCACCAUGGUACUCAUGUAUUGCUAUGGUUCGAGCUUUCAUAUGAGCCGUUUUAGGCUCAACGAUCCCACGCUGCCGACGACGAUGGCACAUCAUCCGCAUCAUCCAUUGACGGCGUCGACAACGCUUCCCAAUACACCAGUCAUGAAUUUAAGCAUGGCAAUGGGUAUGGGCUUAGGUGGACCAUCUAAUACAAUAACGAAAAAGAUUGUUCCAAUUCAGGAGAAGCAAUUGAACAACGGGUCGACAUCCCGAUCAAUGGCCGCCAUGUCCUUGGGUUUCAUUGUGAUGGUAACACCCUGGACAAUACAGGAAAUUGUGACUGCGUGUACCGGGUCCAAGCUUCCGCCGUUUUUAGACUUCAUUGUUACAUGGACUGCGCUUAGUAAUAGUUUUUGGAAUCCAUUUUUAUAUUGGCUUCUGAAUUCGCAGUUCCGUCGACUCAGUCGCCAUUUACUGCCGAAUCGGUGGUGUCCCGCCGAAGACACACCGGACCACAAGUCCCCCUGCUGCCACAUGAACUCUGAAUGUGACAUAACAACACUACCAAUGCCACCCGAACCGCCAACGUCUCGACCGCCCCACAGUGGCGCUAGCGGCGGUGGUGGUGGCCGAAUCACCCCCCACCUGCAUACAUACUCCCUACGUAGCCAUCAUCAUCAUUAUGCCCCACAACAUGCUGGCAUGCAAAGGCCAGAUAUCGAAGGUCUCUCCGAGAAAUAUUGGGGCGAAAUACUCGAACGCACUGUCAGUUCCGGCAGCUUACAUGCCAUGCAGAAAUCCUUUUCGUCACCACAUCAACCGCAUCACGUAACAACAUCGUUCAGCAAGAACAGUGAUUUGAGUCUGACGAUACGCGAAAAUGGCGAAGAUGGUAACGGCGGUGGUGGUAGCAGUGCCAGCAUUUUGGACAAAUUUUCCAGCUCCGAGCCGAAACUGUGUGAGCACAUUUACCAUCAUGAUGCAAGUUGUGCCAAAAAUAAGGGUACCGCCAUGGUGGCGGCAACAGUGUCAACGAUUACAAAUGGCAGUGGCAGUUGUCAAAACACACAUCAUCCGGCGGGUAGAAGCAUACCCGAUAUAUAGUACGCGGAGGAUGUCAUUUUGGCCAAGAGUCAAAUGAUGCAUGGAGCUGAAUAUGUAAAAUGAAUAUAUAGAAAUAGAUGUAUGUGAUUCUUAUACAAGUA